AACGGUUUCACAUAAAGUUGCUAUCAGUUGAACUGAAAGGAUAUUGUCAAGGAGGAAAAUUGAGAAAAACAAACGGUUUUGAGAAUUAGACCUCAAAGGAUAUAUUUUUGAAUUUCUUUUGGUUGAAAUUCGAAUUUGUGUUGAAUUGCCGACAGUUGUGUGAGUGAGACUUGAAGUGGUGAACAUUAGUACUCGUUGCCAAGAGCAAGGGUUCAAAAAAGGAAAAAAACAGUUGAAAGUUUCAAGGAGUGUGUAGUUCGGAGUUCAAUCAGUUUCAUUGAAAGGUCUCCGUCAGGCGCGUAUCUUUAUUGAAAAAGUACAACGGCUGCACUCAUCAAAUAUUCAAAAGAUAACCUUCUACGAAUAAGUGCUCCUGUGUGUUCUGAAAUUUUUACAUCAGAUUCAAAUAUAAUUCAGUGAAAAACCUCAUUCGUGGGAGCCACUUGUUAGCAUCCGAAUUGUGCAUAUAUAAUUCUAUUCUGUACUCAGAAUACAUAUUCAAGUUACUCGUGUGCGCGAUUUUUCGUUACAUUGUCUGUAAACGGGAACGGCUCAUUAUCCUUCCGUUAACUGCUUAUUAAAUAGAAUUAUGUUCAGCAACAAAGUGAACUGGUGUGGCGGUAGCAGAGGCAGCAGCUGGAUAAUGAAGCAUCAAAAAAUCACAUCAAUUUUCGUGUUUGUCUUUAUUGUGACAAUCAGUGAAAUAUCAGCUCUACCACCAUCAUUUGAUAGCUCACUAAAUGAACUCUAUGAAAACCUUUUACAACGCGAAUACGCCGGACCCAUCUCCUUCCCCAAUCAUCAGGUCGAACGAAAGGCUCAACGGUCACCAUCGCUCCGCCUAAGAUUUGGACGAAGUGAUCCUGAUAUCCUUCAAUCGAUGGAGAAACGAUGGUUUGGAGAUGUCCACCAAAAACCCAUCCGGUCACCAUCUUUGCGUCUACGUUUCGGACGACGCUCCGACCCAAUGAUGUCCGUCCAUGAAGGAGACAAUUCAAUUGACGAGAACAACUAUGACCGCGUCACAAGACAGGCACCCUUGGAGGACGACAAUGGAGACCGAGAUGUAGCUGCUUUAAGAGUACGACGUGAUAUUUCAAAUGAUGCCCCACUGGAACAGAAAAGAGCACCAUCAUUGAGACUGCGAUUCGGGCGGGACCCAUAUAAAGUAUCAGCGGCUCAAGUUAUGGCUGACCGGAAUGAACUUGAACGGGAAAUCUUGGCUACCCUUCUACAAGCACUGAAUGAAUACGAUUACAAUGAUGUACCCUCUGAUGACUUCAUUAGAGAAACACGGAAACCAGCACCCUUAAGGCUUCGAUUUGGUCGCAGUGUAGAUUUGUCUUCAUUAAAGAAAUCGCCAACUGACAACAAGCCAGUACCAUCAUCUUAGGCAGAUAAUGACUUCAACAUCAAAAUUCCUGCAUUAUCCUACUAAAUUCUACGGUAACUGGACUAUAACCGCAUUAUUUGCAAUACUAUUGCUAGUUUGAAAUUAUUACGAAUUGUAACACUAUUACUAUCAAUGAAUAAAUAUAAAAUAGAAAUCAAUUAUCAAAGAAUUGAUUUUCUUCUCUGAAUUUUGUCAAAUCCCUUUGAGUAGCUCAAGUUGGAAAGUUAUUUUUUUACGAACAAAAACCAGAUGUAGAUCUACCGCUUAUUACUCAUAGUGGACUUAACCUAUGAAAGUUUCAGAUUCAUUUUGUUUUACUUUAUUAUUUGAAAAAGAUAAAAAAAAACAAACUAAUUUGUAAAUAGUUCCUCUCUGUUAGCCAAACCAUGUGAACAGAAUCGAGAAAAGUUUUCACUCCCUGACGAUAAACCCCCACCUUAAGGAACUCUUAUCAAACCUUAUACAUACAUAUACAUGCAUAUAUAUAUAAAUAAAUAUAUUCCCCAAGGAAAAAUGAAUAUAUAUCAAAUGUACCUCCGCUACAGUGUCAUUAAUAUACUUAGUAAAUGUCAUGUCGAUAAUAUUAUACUUUUGAGUAAAAUUAUAUUAAAUAAAUGAGAAAUAAAAUUGGAGAUAAUUCUAAAACUUGUACUGAAAAGACGGCAUCUACACACAUCAGUCAAUGUCACACAUAUUCAACCCUUAUCCCAAAUUUACUAAAUAAAAAUACAAAUUAUCAACCAUUCAGAAUUAGCAGCACCAAAUAUACAGACCAGAAGGUAGCUCACAGGACGUGAAGCGCUGCAAAGAACAAGUCACUGAUCAGAUUCUCAGAUCUAUCUUUGGAUUGAAUCGGGACAGAUACGAGAUGUUUUAAAUAGAAAAGUUAAGUAACAAAAAAAAUUAUAUAAGAAAUAUGAAUGUAAAUAAUAACUUAUAAAAUAUGAAAGUAAAAUAAAUAACACAUGAAGACUCAUAUUUGAAAAAAUAAAAAAAAUAAUUAAAUAUAUUUAUGAGUGGGAAAAGAGAGAGUUAAUACCUUAAAAAAACAAAACAAAUUAUUUAUUCUCAUUAUACAUAUAAAUGUAAUUUAUCAGUAUUUAAAGAGGAGAGAAAGGCAAAUAUAAAGCAAAUGAUUAAAAAAAAAUGUUUAUUGAAAUAAAAGUAUUAUGUUUCAGAAAUACA